UCCUGCUGAGCCCUGCGGAGCCCGGGAGCCACCACUGCCAUGACGACUGCCAUCCUGGAGCGCCUGAGCACCCUGUCUGUGAGCGGGCAGCAGCUGCGCCGGCUGCCUAAGAUUUUGGAGGAGGGACUGCCCAAGAUGCCUUGCACUGUCCCAGAAACGGACGUACCCCAGCUCUUUCGGGAGCCUUACAUCCACGCAGGCUACCGCCCGACAGGGCACGAGUGGCGCUACUACUUCUUCAGCCUCUUUCAGAAGCACAAUGAGGUGGUCAACGUCUGGACCCACUUGCUGGCCGCCUUAGCGGUCCUUUUGCGAUUCUGGGCCUUUGCGGAGGCAGGGGCAUUGCAGUGGGCCUCUCCCCACACCCUACCCCUGCUCCUCUUUAUCCUGUCCUCAAUCACUUACCUCACCUGCAGCCUCUUGGCCCACCUGUUGCAGUCCAAGUCAGAGCUGUCCCACUACACUUUUUACUUUGUGGACUACGUCGGGGUCAGCGUCUACCAGUAUGGCAGUGCAUUGGCUCACUUUUUCUACAGCUCCGACCAGGCCUGGUAUGAGCGGUUCUGGCUUUUCUUCCUGCCAGCGGCUGCCUUCUGUGGCUGGCUAUCCUGUGCUGGCUGUUGCUAUGCCAAGUAUCGCUAUCGAAGACCUUAUCCAGUUAUGCGGAAGAUCUGUCAAGUGGUACCAGCAGGGCUGGCCUUCGUCCUAGACAUCAGCCCGGUGGCGCAUCGGGUAGCUCUCUGUCACCUGGCAGGUUGCCAGGAGCAGGCAGCCUGGUACCACACCCUCCAAAUCCUCUUCUUCCUUGUUAGCGCUUACUUCUUCUCCUGCCCUGUGCCAGAGAAGUACUUCCCCGGUUCCUGUGACAUCGUGGGCCACGGACAUCAAAUCUUCCAUGCCUUCCUCUCCGUCUGCACGCUCUCUCAGCUGGAGGCCGUUCUUCUGGACUACCAGGGACGCCAUGAGAUCUUCCUGCAGCGCCAUGGGCCCCUGUCCGUCUACACCGCCUGCCUCUCCUUUUUCUUUUUAGCUGCAUGCAGUGCGGCCACUGCCUCUCUCCUGAGGCACAAAGUCAAGGCUAGAUUGAUUAAGAAGGAUUCCUGAGCUCUGCAGACAAGGAAAGGUGUAAGGUGGGCUAUUGUGAUGUAGGGGGGGGGGGACUUGACACAAUAAU